ACAGACGUUUGAAGUGGUAGUUUCGUCGAUUUCAGCUUACAAAGGUUUCAUCCUCCACUUCGGUAUUCCGGCCUUAACUUCAGUAUGGUACGAUACCAUGUACCAGAUUUGUACGGUUUUUUCUUCCGUCCCCGUUCAAUUUUUCUUCGUCUUUCGACUCCAUCGAUGUCAACUUGGCUACCAACACUACUGGGCGUUUUGACUUUGGGGCAACUGGGGACUGGAGUUGCGAUCUGCGUCAGAGCAAAUGUUACUCAUGGUAUCGAAAGUAUCAUCCGUCCCGAACGCCCAUUGCUAAUAAGUUGGCAAACACUGGAGGCAAUGGCCGACCUCAUAAUUGCCUUCUCCAUGUCAUACUACCUCCAGAACCGCCGCACGGGAUUUCGACGGACGGAUACAGUGAUUCGGAAGUUAAUAGUAUAUGCCAUCAAUACGGGGCUGGUAACGAGCGUUCUGGCGCUGGUCGUCAUGUUUGCUUUUGCAUUCUACGGCUUCCACUUUGUUCACAUGCUUUUCAUCCUGCCGCUUGGAGGAGUUUAUACUGUGUCCCUUCUAGCAAAUCUACAUUCGCGCUCGAUACUCCGGGAAGAACUUUAUUCCGAACAUGGGAUCUCGAUACACGUGUCCCGCCUUCCUCCCACAAUACAAAACAGGAUAAAUUCUGUCGCUCAGCGCAUAGAAAUGCAUUAUUCGGGUGAAGAAACGGAUCAAACUCUAUUGGCAGCGGGUCCGAGUUCCUCGCGCCCAUCGCGGGCGGAGACAGAAGCCACCCGGCACAGUGGGCAAUCAGGUACCCUGAAACCAGAGAUCUUGUGGUCUGGGCACGUCAAACCGCGGACAAGCGAGUGGGACGAGAAGUAUGCGAGUGUUGGGAGGAGAAAAAAUGCACUGUAUUUGAAUGAAAGGACUCGGGUGUCUGGAGGUGUCUGAUGAUGAUCCAAAAACAGCAGCGAACCCGAAUCGGAGUUCAUCUUGCAUUGACAGUUGGGCUGCUUCUCGUUCAUUACAUACACAUUACCGGUUUUCGACUAGGGGCACCCAAAAUUGAGUCCCGGCAACUGCUAGCGCACGCCACCAAUCCUGAAAACGGGACAACAGGCAGGACUCCAGCCUGUGUCUUAUAAUAGAGCCUGAAGGUUCAUUGGGAAGUUAAGAGCUAGGAACUGACAGCAUGUCAUUAUGUAAUAUUAUUAAUCAAGAACUUAUGAUCCACCAGUAGGAGCAUCUCGAAACAAAAUCUAAUUCUCCUCAGCUCGCAAAGAUGUCAAGAUUGAACAAC